AUGCGAGUGUUUGUGAAUGGAGAUUCUGUUUAUCUCUGUCUUGACGCUCGUGAAUCACGACUAAAGCUGGCAGGGAUGUCAGAGAAAGCUCUUAGAGAUCUCAAUACAAUUCUUGGAACUGAAAGGAAGAAUGAUGACUCCAGUAAGGCUUGUUUAACCAAGCCUUCUGUAGACAAUGCUGAUGAAAAUAUUGAAGAACGGCAAAAGAAAAAGACUUCUUCCUCCUUGGUUUCUCCAGCUGUUAAUGGAAAUCAGACUGCGACUGUUAAUUCUAGUGUGGAGGUUGUAAAUGCAGAAGUAGAAUACAUUGAAUCUGAGAACUUGAAUGAUCUAGAAGAUAUGGAUACUUGUCUCAAGAGCCUCUUAGCUGGACUUGACUCAAAGGAUUGGGUCAUGGUUUGUGAUACUCUAAAUAACGUCCGACGAUUAUGUAUAUUUCAUAAGGAAGCAAUGGCUGAUAUGCUGGGAGAUGUGAUCACGGCUAUUGCAAAGUCCCUGAAAAGUCCUAGAAGCGCUGUUUGUAAAACUGCAAUUAUGACAUCCGCUGAUAUUUUCAGCGCAUAUAAUGAUCUUAUAAUAGAUUCACUGGACCCUUUGCUAGUACAGCUUCUUCUCAAGGCUUCACAGGACAAACGCUUUGUAUGUGAGGCUGCCGAAAAAGCCUUGAUAUCGAUGACUACAUGGAUUUCCCCUAUUUCUUUAUUGCCAAAAUUGCAACCAUAUCUGAAGAACAAGAAUCCUCGUAUUCGUGCAAAGGCUUCUAUGUGUUUUUCUCGAAGUGUUCCACGACUGGGUGCAGAAGGCAUAAAGACAUAUGGAAUUGACAAAUUGAUUCAAGUAGCUGCAUCGCAGUUGAGUGACCAACUCCCUGAGUCUAGGGAAGCAGCCCGAGCUCUACUUCUUGAGCUUCAAAAUGUGUAUGAGAAAUUUCAUGAUCUCAUGCCAGAUACUGUCAAUGAGCACACUAUCAAUGAACAUACUAUCAAUGAGCACACUGCCAAUGAUCAUACUGUGAAUGAACAUCCGCAGAUGAGUUCUUGGGAAAGCUUCUGUCAGUCAAAACUUUCUCCUCUAAGUGCGCAAGCUGUACUUCGUGUGACCAGCAUCGCUCGGGAGGGUCUUCGAAAGAAAAGAGUGUGGAAAGGGUCCAAGCAAGGUCGCUUCACCGUUGAUUUAAAGGAAAUUCAUUUUGCAUCGACCAAUCAGUAUCACUCUUGCCCGCAUCCACCGUCAAUGAAGCGCAAGAAGUGGUCGGAACUGGAAGAGCAAACCCUACUCUCCAAAUACUCGGACCUCCUCCGUUCCGGGACGCUCGCCAAGCUCAAAACGCGCGAGAAGAAGUUCAAGCCCGUGGCGGAGCACGUCAACGCCGUCCACCACCACCGCGACCCCUCCUCCUUCCCCUUCAAGUGGUCAUGGCGCGACGUCUCCAUCAAGGUCCAGAACAUGCGACACCAGUACCUCGGCGUCAAACAGAAGAUCCGCCUCGCGCCUCACCACUUCAAUUGGAAGGAUGGGAACAAUCACUGGGAGAAUUUUCUCAAGUAUAAAGAAGUCUUCGGUGACGUGCAGUUGUUGGAAUCGCCUAAACCCCUCACCACCGCUAAAUUAGGGUUUGAGGUCGAUUCUGAUGAUGAUGAGGACGAGGAGGACGAUGAGGACUGUGGUGAUGAAGAUGAGGAUAUGAUGAAGGCGAGAAGGUUGGGCUCCGUGGUGGAGCUGAGGGAGGCGGUGGUGAAGCGCGAGGAGCGGCGGCGGGAGAGGGAGUUCCGGCGGGAGAAGUUGGAGGCGGAGAGGGAGAGGAAACGGCGGGAGGGGGAGUUUCGGCGGGAGCGGCGGCGGGAGUGGUUGGAGGAUCGGGAGAUGGAGUUGGAGGAGCGGCAGUUGAAGUGGGCGAGGAGGGAGCUGGAGAAGAGGAUGAGGUUGGAGCGGGAGCUGGAUGCGGAGCGGCAGUGGCGGAAGCGCGUGGAGGAGAAGAUGGAGGAGGAGGAGAUGGAGUGGAGGCAGAGGAUGGUGGCAAUGCAGGUUGAGCAUGAAAAACAGAUGAUGCAGAUGCAUGUUGAGGCGUGCCAGAAUCAAAUGCAGGUUCUAGGGAUCAUGGCAAGGCUCCUUUGCCAGUUUUUUGGGUCUGGAACUGAUGGAUUGAGUAAUGGAUUAGGGGCAUUGCCUCCUCAGGUUUUGCAUCAUGGAGGUGGAUUAGGUAAUGUAAAACCUGAUGCCAAUUCGCCUUCUGAAUUUAUAUAG